AUGAAAGGGAACCGCAACCCGCCGCCACCGCCAGCCGGCGCUGUACCGCUCUCUCCCAGCUCAAAGAGUACAGCGAAAUACACAAACAAGGACGGAUCCAAGUUCAUCACGGUACCCAAAAUGAACACGCCGGUCGAUUCCGCCCAGCCUUCCCCAACCACAGCAUCCUCACCGGCUACCAAGCCCGCGGCGCACGCCGGCCCUGGGAUUGAACCUGCUCAAACUGUGAACCGCAAGAAGCAAAAGCGGCGUGCGAAGGCCGCGGCAAAGGCAGCUGCCGAACAAGCCCAGAACAGCCCAGCCAUCAAUGGACUUCCGAGCCCGCCCCGCACCAACGACCAGCAGUCCGCAGAUGCCGACCAGGAGGACGACGAGGAGGAGCCGGGUGCGCGCCACAAUUCAGGGAACCAGCCGCUGUACCUAAAUGGGGCCACGCAAGAAGGCGCGCCCGGGAAGUCAAAGAAGCACAAAAAGAAAAAGAAGAAGAAUACCACAGGGCAGGACGGCGGGGUUCCAAACGAUAACCAGUACACCCAGGACGAUCGCGAUCACUCACCCACACCUAUUCCUCCUCCGCCACUUUCACAACACGACCGCCCCGGUAUGUCCAGGGAGAAGAUAUGGAACACAAACUCCCAAGAGGAGCGUGAGCGCAUCAAAGAGUUCUGGCUAGGGCUCAGCGAAACGGAGCGCAAGUCUUUGGUCAAAGUGGAAAAGGACGCGGUUCUGAAAAAGAUGAAGGAGCAGCAGAAGCAUACAUGCAGUUGCACCGUGUGUGGAAGAAAGCGGACCGCCAUCGAGGAGGAGCUGGAAGGCCUCUACGACGCCUACUACGAGGAGCUGGAACAGUAUGCCAACCACCCUAACCAGGGCGAAGGUCCCCCGAUGCUGCGCCCCCGCAGGUCCUUCGGCUCGAUGGGCGGGAUGCGGCCCCGCGGCCUCCACUCGCGAUUCUCCAACCAUCAACCGUCCCGUGGACAUAUCGUGGACGAGUUGGGCGAGGACGAAGAGGAGGAGGAGGAGGCCGAAGCCGAGAUCGAGGACGACGGCGAAGGGGAUGAAGAGGGCGAGGACGUCUACAGCGAGGAGGAGCUGGAGGACGACAUGUACAGCGAAGAAGAGCAAGAGCCCUCGGAAGAACUGCACCGAUCCGACUACGCCGCCGAUUUCUUCAAUUUUGGGAAUAGCCUGACUGUGCAGGGUAGGGACAGACUCCCCAUUCUUCCAUCAUUCUUAGAGAAUUAUCCCUUCUCGGGGACUGGCAAUAACGCUUAUGGCUCAUCUUCUCUAGGCGGCAUCUUGACGGUGGCCGACGACCUGCUCAAGAAUGACGGCAAGAAGUUCAUCGAAAUGAUGGAGCAGCUCGCAGAGCGCCGCAUGGCCCGCGAGGAGGAUGCAAGGGGGCAGUUUGAACGGGGCUACGACCACGCGAAUGGCGACCGUUACAGCCACAGCCAUCCGCCACCACCCGACGAAGAAGAGUUUGAGGACGAGGAGGAGGAGUAUGAGGAAGAUGAUGAGGAAGAAUACGACAGCCAGGACGAAGAGGACACCAUGACAGAGGAACAACGCAUGGAGGAAGGCAGGAGGAUGUUCCAGAUAUUUGCCGCUCGGAUGUUCGAACAAAGAGUCCUUACAGCCUAUCGAGAAAAAGUCGCCAAAGAGCGCCAGGCGAAGCUAUUGGAGGAGAUCGAGGCGGAGAAUCAACAGGACGAGCUGCGAAGAGCUAAGAGAGCCAAGGAUGCGCAGAAACGCAAAGACAAGGCCGCCAAGAAAAGGGAGGCCCAGGCCGCAGAGAAGGUUCGUAAGGAGGCCGAGAAGGCCGCCGAGGAAGCUAAACGUCAAGCCGAUGCCGCCCGUAAGGCGGCAGAGCAACAGGCCAAAGCCGAAGAGAAGCGGAAGUUUAAGGAUGCCCAGAAACGGGCGGCUGAGGCGGAGCGACAACAGAAAGAGGCAGAUCGCCAACGGAAAGCCCAAGAGCGGGAAGAAAACGACCGCAAGGCUCGAGAAGCCAGAGAACGGGAUAAGAAGGCCCGUGAGGAGGCACGCUUGAGGGAGAAAGAAAUUCGCGAGCAAAAGGAGCGCGAAGACCGAGAGAGGAGAGAACAGCAAGAGCGGGAGCGGCGGGAGAAGGAGGCCAGGGCAAAGGCAGAGCGGGAGGCGAGGGACGCUAAAGAAGCCAAGGAAGCGAAGGAGGGGAAAGACACAAAGGAGAAGCGGAAAAGGGAGGAGAGGGCCGCACAUAAGGCCGCAGCCCUCGCAGCUGCGAUUCCGGUACCCGCUACGCUCCCAAAACGGUCCGCUACCCAGCAACCUUCGGCACCGUCUGCAGCCCCGGUACCAGUACUCCCGCAGCAGUCGACGUCUUACGCAUCGCCAAAGGUUCCAGUGGCCACACCGGCACUUCCAAAGGCGCCGACCCCUAUGCGGGCGCGCCAGACGUCACAACAAGAUGGCUCUGCAGCUUCCUCAGGCGCAGUCUCUAACUCCGGUUCUAUGGCUAGCCAAAACCCAUCACCUCACCCGAUCACACCGGUACAUGCCAGCCCCGGUUUAAUGGCGCCUCCGAGCAAGUCCGGUAGUAUGGGUAUCGGUUCGCAAGGAAACGCCCAGCCGCCGUCACACUCCUCAUCUCCGAUGAACUUCCCAGCCAAACUGCUGCCUCCGCAGCACAGUCCAUUCAGUCUCCCUCCGAUCGGUGGUGGUAUGCCUUUUCCUCCAGGACUAUCCCAUCCACUGCCUCCGCCUGGUCUCGGCAAUUCGUUCCCUCCUCCCAUGUCCGGGUUCAGACCGGCACCAGUAAUGAUGUCGAUGCCACCUGGAUAUGGGGGGCCGGGUGGAAGUCGAGGGUAUCCCAUGCCUCCUCCAGGUUUCCACGGUUCCAUGGAGUCUCCGGUGCCGAGCAUGGCCCAAGUGAUGACUCCCGGCUUGCAAAGGGACAGCCCGUCCCCUCAUUCACGCCAGGGUUCGGGAAGCUUCGACCCAGGUGCGUCGCAACCUAUCAGCCGGCCCACACCAAUCGGGAAGCCAGCGAGCAUCUUCCAAGGUCAACGGUCUUCGAUCGGGUCGCCGUCCGAUGGGCCGCCGAAGACGGAACCGGAGGCGCAUCUGGGAAGCCGCGCGCUUCUCGAUGACCUAGACGAUGGGUCACAGGACUUCCUAGGUCAUCUCUCCCGGGGCGGUCCAGUACCAGGACCCCGCCAGGCUCCAGCGUUUCCAAUCCCGCCUUUCGGCAUGGAUCCUAUGUUCUCGCACAACCCGUGGGGCCCUCCCGGCGCAGUGCAGCCCAAUCUCUUCGGCCCUCUUCCACCUCCCGGGUUUAACCACAGCCCACUAAGCGUCCAUGGCCCAAUGAGCAUGCCCUGGGGCCACGCAAUGCCGUCGGCAUCGACAUUCGGGCCACCGGGCGUCGUCGAUCGCCCCAUCGAGCCACGGUCGGUAGCGGUGCGCAAAAUGCUCCGUCGCGCGUGCGAGGAACUGGCGAGUGCCGAAAGCAGGAACGCCGAGGGCAACGCCGAAGCUAGUGAUACCUUUAUUCCACUAGAGAGGAUCAAGACGCAGGUCGAGAUUCUCAACCACGGGUUUGCUGUCGACGAGAAGGAACUUCUUGAUAUCUGUGAGACCGAGGGCAACGAGGUCAACGGUGGCGGCAGCUUCGACGUGGUCAACGACGGCCAAGGCCACAAGUCUAUCAGAUUCGUCUCGGGAAACGAGCGGCCAACAACGCAACCAGUUCAACUGGCGGUCGGUUACCACCCCGGGAGUCCAGUUGGCGCGGGCCGCUAG